UCAUCAAAUUAAAACAAAUAAUAAUAACGAAGUUAAAUAAAAUAAUUAUCUCAAAAAUGUAACUGUAAAAGAACUUCAGUAUGAUAGGAAAAUGUGGAGGUGUUGUAAUAAAUAAUUGUACAAUGCAAUUUUGUUUAUAGUUCAUGAUUUUCCUGAUUACAAAAAUAAUACAUCUCUGCUGUAGGAAAUCCGGAAAAUAUAAAAGGAUAAGGAAUGAAAGUUACCUAUAUACUGCACUGUCUUCCAAAGACAAAGUCUGGGAGCUGGUUUAUCUCCAUGUGGCCGACCGCUUAUGUAGAAGCGGCUUGGACAGAGGUUCUGUAGAAAUUUCUCGGACCGAGCACACUCCUUCAGCAUACCCGAGACUAUGCAGUUUCAUUUGUGCUUCUGAAGUCACCAGGUGCAUCUUUAAUGGCCGCAUGGCAUCCGUGUGGCUGAGAUACCGAAGCCAUUUCACCAUGCCCUAGUUCGGAACGUUCCGUUUCCCUGCUGCUUCGUCAUUUCCCACACCUGCUUCUGUGCGUAAGCCAUCUCCCGGCCCCACAGCACACACAUGCAGGUAGACGGCCUCGUGCUAAUGGAUGAACCCGGGUGUCUCUGACGACUCGUUCAGGCUCGUGAAACAUCCCUAAACUGCUUUUCCAGAGACAGGGCGUCCGUUCUGAGCUACCCAGGGCAGCUCAUUGACUCCACUGACACCCUGUCACCUUAAAAAGCAGCAGACACUCCGGGAAGGUCGCUGUUUGACGCACAGGGGCAUUUUCCCACCAUGAAACCUAAGGUCCUGUUUGGAGAGCUGGUACGUGGAGCUAAGACCUUUCUCCUACUCCCAGGGCCCCUCUGUGAGGGGUGGAGGAAGGGGCUUCCGCGGCCCGAGGUGCCUUGCAGCUCGGAGGUUUGCAGACUUCGCUGUCAUCCCGGCACCAGACUGCCUAACCUCCGGCCAAUAGGACGGACGGAGGAAAGUAUUGCAGCGCGCGCGCACACGCGACACACACGCACACGCACACGCCAGGUCCACCCAGGUUGGGUGCCCGCGGCCAGCAGCGAGGCCUCGGCCCGGCCCGCGGGGUCUGGCGCCUGAGCCCCCGCCCACCCUGGGGCCGCGCGCAGGGCGGGGGCGCCCCGGCCAACUUGGCGCGGUCUCGGCCGACUCUCGGGUUACCUGUGCUUCGGCUUCCUGGUGCUCGGCUACCUGCUCUACCUGGUCUUCGGCGCCGUGGUCUUCUCGUCGGUGGAGCUGCCCUACGAGGACCUGCUGCGCCAGGAGCUGCGCAAGCUGAAGCGGCGCUUCCUGGAGGAGCACGAGUGCCUGUCGGAGCCGCAGCUCGAGCAGUUCCUGGGCCGCGUGCUGGAGGCCAGCAACUACGGCGUGUCGGUGCUCAGCAACGCCUCGGGCAACUGGAACUGGGACUUCACCUCGGCGCUCUUCUUCGCCAGCACGGUGCUCUCCACCACAGGCUAUGGCCACACCGUGCCCUUGUCCGACGGCGGCAAGGCCUUCUGCAUCGUCUACUCCGUCAUCGGCAUCCCCUUCACCCUCCUGUUCCUGACGGCCGUGGUCCAGCGUGUCACCGUGCACGUCACCCGCAGGCCCGUCCUCUACUUCCACAUCCGCUGGGGCUUCUCCAAGCAGGUGGUGGCCGUCGUCCACGCUGUCCUGCUGGGCUUCGUCACCGUGUCCUGCUUCUUCCUCGUCCCGGCCGCCAUCUUCUCUGUCCUGGAGGACGACUGGAACUUCCUGGAGUCCUUCUACUUCUGCUUCAUCUCCCUGAGCACCAUCGGCUUGGGGGACUACGUCCCCGGGGAGGGCUACAACCAGAGGUUCCGGGAGCUCUACAAGGUCGGGAUCACCUGUUACCUGCUCCUGGGCCUCAUCGCCAUGUUGGUGGUUCUGGAAACCUUCUGUGAACUGCACGAGCUGAAAAAGUUCAGGAAAAUGUUCUACGUGAAGAAGGACAAGGACGAGGACCAAGUGCACAUCGUGGAGCACGACCGGCUGUCCUUCUCCAUCACAGACCAGGCGGCCGGCCUGAAGGAGGAUCAGAAGCAGGACCAGCCCUUCGUGCCGGCCCCAUCGCCUGUCUACGCAGACGGCCACGCCGGCCACUGAGCGUCGGUGUCACCGUGUUGUCCUCGACCCUGGGCCCGGGCGCGAGGGAGAGGCUUAGUUGUGUUCAUGUCUCAAUAUAGAAGCCACGAUGAUGUUAUUUUAAGAAAUAUUUACUGUUUGCAAUAUUUUGAAAAACAACAAAAAAUGGGAGCAAAGAUUUUGGCUCCAGAGGGUCGUCUGUUGCCUGAAGAAGUGGGAAGGGCACCUCAAUGCCCAGGUGACAGAAUCAGAGUUUACUCAUAGCCAGAGAGCAGUCGACGCCAUGUGCUGCUGUGGGUAGAAGCAGGUUUUAUACUUUUCACUGGGGACUUGGGGGUUUGCACUUAAAUCAUUUAGCUGAGGCUAAAAAGCAACGUUUAUAUUUAAAAGCAAAGGAGAAAACCAGGUGUGUUUUAUAAGUAGGUUUACGUGUACUGGUUUGCAUGUGCCCAUCCCAAAUGAUUAUUUUUGUAGAAUCUAAGUGAAACCUACAAUUUAUAAUGCAGAGGUAACCAGAAACUAUGUACAUAGAAAGUAUAAAUAUGUUUAUAUUCUGUACAUAUGGCUCAGCUCAACAGAUCCCAGUGUACUUCUCCAGCCAAGAUUGUAGAUAUCUUUUCUCUUGAUUUCUCUUUAUACUAACGAGUCCAGAGCUGAUGCAAUAAAACAAGGGGACUAGUAAACGUCAGGGCGAAGAGCUCGGGUAUGCGACGGCAGUAAGCACUGCUGCCCUCCUGCAGUAGCGUGCAGGUGUCCAAGUGUCAGAACCUUUCUUCGGAGGUGAGUACGGGGCGAAGGGUGAGGACCCACGUCUGAAAGCACAUUGAGGUUUACAGCCGCCUAGAACUAAAGCACAGACCUGAACAGAAAAGCCCCAGAUGAAGAGAUUAUGUUGAAUUACCAGAAUUUUUAAUUUAUAAGCUGAAAUAAAUAAAAAUCGUAGCUGAUCGCAACCUUAUGCUGUCAA